UUUAUUGCGGCGUGGAUGCAGCUUCUGAUAUUAGCUAAUAUUAAUAAAAUAUACAUCUAAUGUAAACAAACAUUUAUAUGUUCUAUAUCUACUGUUGGAAGACUCGAAGUUGAACAAAAGUAAUUUAUUGUAUCAAGCAUGGAGAAUCCUCAUGAGCAGGCACAGAAUGCUUUGUUGUCAAGAAUAAUUAAUAAUAUGGAGAAUCUUAAUGAAUCUGUGGUGACAAUAAAUAAGUGUCUUCAAGAAGUUAAUAGAAGUAAUCUUGAUACAGAGAUUUUGUCUCAAAUGUGGGAGAGUUAUUUGAGAAAUGCUGAAUUUAAUUUAGAAGCUACAGGUCAAAAGAAAGAACCAUUAUAAUUAAGUAGUAAUUUGACUCUUAAUUUAAGAG